CGGCCUUUGCGGCUGGGAGACAGGCGUUGACAGUGCUGGGCAGGCUGGCUCGGGUCGCGGCCGCGGCGAGUUACAUCGUUUGCCAAUCUGUCCGCGAACGCCGCUGCCCGAGACAGAGCCGGGAUGUUCGGGAUGCUGAGCAGCAGCUUUGAGGACGAUCCCUUCUUCUCUGAUUCUUUCAUCGCACACCGAGAAAGUAUGCGACAGAUGAUGAGAAGUUUUUCUGAACCUUUUGGAAGAGACAUGCUCAGCAUCUCUGAUAGGAGAGGAAGAGCUCGUAACCAUGUGGGACGUGAGGAUGAAGAAAAUUCCUUGACUGCAAUGAGUUCUCUCGUGCCUUUUGGCAGUUUUGGUGGCAUGCAUACAGAUGUCAACCCUUUUCAGGCAAUGGACCGAAUGAUGUUAAAUAUGCGAAACAGUAUGCAGGAAUUACAAAGAAACUUUGGUCACCUUUCAAUGGAUCCAAAUGGACAUUCAUUUAGUUCUUCCUCCGUGAUGACUUAUUCCAAAGUAGGAGAUGAACCACCAAAGGUUUUCCAGGCCUCAACACAAACCCGUCGGGCUCCAGGAGGAGUAAAGGAAACCAGGAAAGCAUUAAGAGACUCUGAGAGUGGACUAGAAAAAAUGGCUGUUGGUCAUCACCUCCAUGACCGAGCUCAUGUCAUUAAAAAGUCAAAGAACAACAAGACUGGAGAUGAAGAGGUCAAUCAAGAGUUCAUCAAUAUGAAUGAAUGUGAUGCUCAUGCUUUUGAUGAUGAGUGGCAAAAUGAGAUUCUGAAGUACCAGCCACGGGGACAAUGGCGCAAUCUAGAUAACUCUAGGAUGCGAAGUGUUGGUCAUGAGAAUUCAGGAUCCCGAGAACUUAAAAGAAGGGAGAAACAUCAUCAAAGUCCAGCCAUUGAACAUGGAAAAAGAUCAAAUGUUUUUGUGGACAAACUCAACAUCAAAGGAUCACCUGUGAAAAUCAACAAAAAAUAAAUAGCAUUGCAUUUGAUUUCUUUAGUUUUGGUUGUUUUAACAGAGAAAGUAAUGGUGCUGGGUGAUAUAUGUAAGACCAAUCUUUUGUUAUUAAAUCAGUACUGUUCUUAGCAACUUUCUUCUGAAUGUUCUUGAAAGUGAUCGCUUUAUAUUGUCCCUACUUUAGGAAUAAAACUUGAAUCUUCAACAGUGCAAGCUGUUAAAUAUUCUAUAACACUCUUUAAAACAUAACACGUAUUGAUUUUGCUUUCAUAAUUAUUUUUAUAUUGGUUAUGUUUUCCCCUGUAUACUCAAGAUUGAACGUACAACUGUUCUAGCAUAUAAAAUUAGUAAACUGCUCAAAAAUAGUCCCAGUUUUUUUAGCAACACUAUAAUAGAGUGAUGUUAAUAAAGGCUAAAAUUAUUUAGGUCAAAUUUUAUAAUGUGUUUAUGUAGCCAGCCAGCUUAAAGAAUUUUUUAAAAUAAAGCAAAAACUAUACUAGUACUCCUUUAUAAAAAAUUAGUUAUUAUUUUGAUAAAGGACAUAAAGAAUAAGCAAAUAUUUCAUUUUUGAAGAGAUUUUAAAUUGCUAAUAUACCUGAAUUUUCUCCUUAUCAUUUCUUUAUUUUUCUUUUUUUUCCAUUUAUUUUUAUUAGUUGGAGACUAAUUACUUUACAAUAUUGUAGUGGUUUUUGCCAUACAUUGACAUGAAUCAGCCAUGGAUUUACAUGUGUUCCCCAACCCGAUCCCCCCUCCCGCCUCCCUCCCCAUCCCAUCCCUCUGGGGCUUCCCAGUGCACCAGCCCUGAGCACUUGUCUCAUGCUUAUCAUUUCUUUAUACAGUGUAUUAUUUUUUGUUCUGUAUUACAUUUUUAACACUCAUCAGACUUUCCAUUGACCUUUCUCUUUACAUCUUAAGGUAGCAUAUUUCUGUUCUCCUUUCUCACAGACAACUUAAUUUAUCUCCAUAGUUAAGAUUCUAAAGUUGGAUUGUCCUUGGAGAAACUCUGCUCAGCCUCUUUGUGACAUUUAGAAAAAUGCAUUUGGUAUUCUGCAAACCUUAAUGAUUGAUUGUCUCAAAAUUUCUUAGACAGGUGAUGUGUGUGUUUGAGCAAGGUACUUAAUAAUUCAACUGUUCCCUUUUUAAUUAUACUAUUUAAAAAUUCAGCUCUUUAAUUUUUUGUUCUAGAAUUAGAGCAUUGAUCUGUUUAUAUAAAUUUAAGCAUAAAGCUUAUGAGAAUAUAAAAUCUUAACUUUUUAAGUUUUUGUUGUUUCAAAGGGAGAAAAAAGAACAAAGUCAACUAACUCUAUAAUCCUAAUAUCUUCCUUUUUAAACUUUGGAAUUAGAAUUGUGUAAUUGGGCUUAUAAUCCUAAUUUUCUAUAUCAUAUCCUGUUAAUAUUGCUAGUUGUGUUUCAUGCCUUUAGUCACUAAAAUAAAAUGCAUAUGUGUCAUCUCA